AUGACAGCCAGAAAACAAAAGACACCCUCAUCUUCAUCUUCCGUAUCCACACCAUCCAAGAAAAACAAAGCCAAUCUCCAACAACAAAAUUUAGAAGAAUUGGAUCGUUUGAUGAGUCAACCCAUCAGCAAGCAACACAAACUCUCACAUAAAGCCGAACAAUUGGAACGUGAUUUAAGAAAUCCAAGUCGAAUCAUUUCCCGUAAUUCCAUGCAACACAUUAUUAAACGUCACAUGAAUGUCAUUCACGAUGCCAAUGCUCCCUCAGGUAAACUCAGAGUUACUGAGAAGGCAGUCCAGUACAUGAGAUGUGUACUCGUUUAUCGAUUGUUAAAUCACUUGUCCAUGACCAAAAGAAUUCGAGAUGCUGAUACUUGGAAAAAGUGUCAAGAAACUGCAGUCGUGUUCAGAGAAGGACUUGCCGGAUACAACUCGAGUCAUUUAAGUUCAGAGGAAAUAUUUCAACGUUUUGUUCAGAGUCGUAAAAGACUUGUUCCUAAUGAUCAACAACAAGAGAAGAAGGAGGAGAAAGACAACCACAACAAACGUAAGGCUAAAAAGUAA